AUGCAUCCCAGUUCAACCUCCACCUCGACGCCCUUUUCCGUCAAGGAUAUUCUGAGGCUGGAACAGCACAGGGACUUUGAGAACGAAUUUCUGGUGACGGACCAAGUUGUUCCAAUGCAACAUCAUCAUCAUCCUCAUCAUCAUCAGCAGCAGCAGCUCAUGCUCGCUGCGUCCAGGAGCAGGGACUUUUAUGACGUCCCCGGGACGCAGGAGAAGGUCGACGCUCACAACUCAGCAGCAGAGGAGGAGAUAAAUGAGCAGGACACCAGCGGACCGGACAGUUCUCCCGGCUGCAGCAGGUCCCGGCUGCGCAGGAAGCCGCGGGUGCUCUUCUCCCAGCCGCAGGUGUCCGAGCUGGAGAGGCGCUUCCGGCAGCAGCGCUACCUGUCCGCCCCGGAGAGAGAGCAGCUGGCCCGCGGCCUCAAGCUCACCUCCACGCAGGUGAAGAUCUGGUUCCAGAACCGCAGGUACAAGUGCAAGCGUCAGAGGCAGGACCAGUCCCUGGAGCUGGCCGGGUACCCCCCCACCGCGCCCAGGAGGGUGGCGGUGCCGGUGCUGGUGCGGGACGGGAAGCUCUGCGGCGCCGGCUCGGCCCCCUACAAUGUGACCGUGGGACAUUAUAACCCAGUGUUUGCCAACAGCCACAGCGUGUACGGCUGUGGGUAUCACAGCGUGUCUCCAGCGGCCAACAUGUCCAACAUGUCCAACAUGUCCAGCAACCAGCUGCUGGACCUAACAGGAGCCGGCGAGGGGCCCUUCAGCCACGGACACUUCCAGGCCUCGUUACAGGGACUGAUAGGCUGGUGA